AUGCUCUCAGUAUCUUCGUGGCAUAUUUCGAAUUGUCAGGAUUGCGCUACUGUUCCCAGUUCGGAAAAAAAGAGAGCAUCCUUAUCCCUUACCGGUGCCUUUUAUGGAGAUGAACGACCUGCCUGUAAUCAAAAUUUAUGUGAAAAAGAGGAACGUGCAAAAAGCAUUUUGGAUUCGUUGGUGAAUGAACUGGACAAUAAGGAUGUUCUGGGUCACGAGCGUCGCUGUGUUCCGCAUUUGGCUGAAUGCAUAUAUCACGUAAUCGAUAGCCAAACUGACAUUCUCAUGGAUGCGAUAAAUAAAAUUAUGCUCAAAACACGAAGCCUAAGCUCGAAG